CCCCUCCCAAACGCCGCGGCGCCAUGUUGGUCACGUGAACGGAAGGCCUGCCGCGGCCGCCUCAACCGUCCCCUAGCAACCGUUGCUAAGGCCUUCUGGCGCUGUUUUCACCAGCGUGAGGAAGGGGGGGAGAAUAUUUUGAGAGGGGCUUUUCAAAUCCAGGCUGAGAGAGCUUUCAGGGGGCCAUCAUGAGUGACCAGCUCAAAUUCAUCGUGGAACAGCUGAACAAGGAACCUUUCAAGAAGAACUUUAAUUUAAUCACAUUUGACUCGCUGGAGUCUAUGCAGCUCUUACAGUUGCUCAGCGAUGUUCUGGGAGAGAUUGACCCGAAGCAUGUUGUUGACAUUAGAGAAGAGUUGCCAGAGCAGACAGCCAAACGGAUGUUGAGCCUUCUCGGUGUUCUUAAAUAUAAACCUCCAGGAGGUACCAGUGACUUAAGUACAUUUCGUCAAGGUUUGGUUAUUGGAAGCAAACCUGUCAUUCAUCCUGUCCUGCACUGGCUCCUUCAGCGGACAAACGAGCUGAAGAAACGAGCUUACCUGGCUCGUUUCCUCAUCAAAGUGGAUGUACCUGCCGAGUUCCUCCAAGAUGACACAGUGGCUGACACCAAUAGACAGUACGAAGAGCUGAUAGAGGCCUUCAAAAACCUACAUAAAGAAUGCGAACAGCUCAAGACAUCUGGCUUCUCAACUGCAGAAAUACGAAGGGAUAUCACUGCCAUGGAAGAAGAGAAAGAGCAACUGACGAAGAGGGUCGAGCGACUCAAGAAGCGGGUGGAGACGGUGCAGAACCAUCAGCGGAUGCUUGAGAUGGCCAGCCAGCUUCGCGUAGAGAAGGAGAGAGAGGAGUCCCUCGCCCAGCAGAAGCAAGAGCAGAAAAACCAGCUUUUUCAUGCCGAGCAGAGGUUGCAAAGAGUCCGGCUUCAGCUGAAGGAUAUGCGUCACGCAGCCGUGGAUUCCACGCCAGAAAGCUUAAUGAAGAGGCUGGAAGAGGAGACUAAGUUCAAUACCUACCUAGUCUCUGAAAAAUUUCCGAGAGAGCUGGAGGCCAAGAAGCAAACGCUGCAUCUCAUGCAAAAGGUGGCUGCAGAGCCGGCCAUGAGCCAUUCGGAUCUCCACGAACUUGAAACCAAAAUUCAUGAGGUCAAUGCACAGAUCAAUCAGCUAAUUGAGAAGCGGAUGAUGAAAUACGAACCACUUGACAGUAAAUUUUCGAUGUACCGCCAACAGGCCUCCAUCAUUUCCCGGAAGAAGGCCGCCAAAGCGGAAGAACUUCAGGCUGCCAAGGAGGAGUUGUUGAACUUAGAGAAACAGAUGUUGCAGAAGUCAAAUCAAGCCCGGGAGUCAAACGGAGAGGAAGUCUUGAAAGGUGACGAGUUUAAGCGUUACGUUAAUAAGCUCCGCAGCAAAAAUACCCUUUACAGGAAGAAGCGCCUGGAAGUGGCAGAGAUUACCGCUGAAUAUGGCAUCCUGCAGAGAACCGAGGAGCUCCUGAGACAACGCCAUGAGGAGAUUCAGCACCAGUUGCAAACAAUUGAAGACAAGAAAGGGAUCUCCGGCUACAGCUAUACGCAGGAGGAGCUGGAGAGAGUCUCGGCGGUAAAGAGCGAAAUAGAUGAAGCGAAAGGUCGAACACUGGAUAACAUGUCUGAAAUGGUGAAAAAGCUGAAUGCGCUGGUGGCAGAUAAGAAGUCGAGCCUGGCCCCCAUUAUCAAAGAUUUAAGGCAAAUGCGUCAGAAGUGCCAGGAAUUGACCCAAGAAUGCGGAGAGAAAAAAACCCAGUACGACAGCUGCGCAGCAGGCUUGGAGAGUAACCGCUCAGCGCUGGAGCAGGAGGUGAAGGCCCUUCGUGAAGACUGGGUUCGGGAGGAAAGCCGCUACCAUCACAUCCACUGCAUGAAAAGGAUCCUCGAAGUGCAGCUCCAGCGUGCCAAAGAGGAGAUGAAGAUGUACGUCUCUUCAGACCAACAGGAAAAAAGGAAGGCAGUCAGAGAACAAUAUUCCCGGCUGAUUACAGAACAAGAGAACCUUGGAAAGAAAUUGCGAGAAAAGCAAAAGAGCAUCCGGGAAAGUCACGGACCAAACCUGAAGCAAGUGAAAAUGUGGCGGGAUUUUCAGCUGCUCAUGGAGUGUAAGAAAGAGUGUUUUCUAAAGCAACAGAACCAGACCUCCAUUGGACAAGUCAUCCAGGAAGGAGGCGAAGACCGGCUGGUCUUGUGAAGCCCUCAGCGCUCCUUGGGGUUGCGGUCAGGUUUGAAUGAGGUUGACGUUCCUCUGCAGUUGUAAUGCAAACCUGGUUGAUUUCUACACAAGCUGCGUUUCCGUUUGCCGGGGUUUAAAACCGUGGUCCCGAGAUGUUCUUGGACUGCAACUCCCAGAACGCCUUCCUCACUCGCUGCGCUGGCCGGGAUUUCUGGGAGUUGCGGUCCCAAGAAUAUCUGGAGACUCAAGGUUGGGAACCACUGGUUCAGAGACUCGGGUUGAAUGGAUGACGAUAAAGGCCUUUAUUUAUAUAGAAUGGUGUCGUUUUUCUAAUUUGAUGGACACCUUUCUGAGCCCUCUGUUUAUGAGAGAGAGAAAAUAACAUUUGUCCUUGGGGUGCUGCCAAUGGAGAGCCCUUCCCUUCACUUAAAGGCCAGGUUAAUGGGUUAAGCAACAUGAAGGACAGUGGGGUGCUUAAGAGUUCUAAUUUGGCCUUUGAUCGGGAAAAAACAGAGCGGGAGACUUGCAGGAUAGUCCACACACACACCCCGAAGACAUGCUCUUGGCAUUUGGAGAAGGCGGCCAGUUCUUCUUCGAAGGACCCCUUCACAAAAAAAA